AUGGCCAGCCCGGCGCAGCCGGCCCCGCGUGGCGGCGGGAAGCGCAAGGGGAAGGCGCAGUACCUGCCGGCCAAGCGCGCCCGGCGCGGCGACGGCGCGGGCCCGCGGCAGCUGGAGCCCGGGCUGCAGGGCGUCCUCAUUACCUGCAACAUGAACGAGCGCAAGUGCGUGGAGGAAGCCUACAGCCUGCUCGGCGAGUACGGCGACGACCUGUACGGGCCGGAGCAGUUUACAGACCAGGAUCAGCAGCGCUCCGGGAGCGAGGGCGAGGACGACGAUGCGGAGGCCGCCCUGAAGAGAGAAGUGGGUGACAUUAAAGCGUCCGCGGAGAUGAGGCUGAGAAGAUUCCAGUCCGUGGAGAGCGGAGCGAAUAAUGUCGUCUUCAUCAGGACGCUCGGAAUAGAGCCUGAGAAGCUGGUGCAUCACAUUCUCCAGGACAUGCACACAACCAAGAAGAAGAAGAGCCGCGUGAUUCUGCGAAUGUUACCUGUCUCGGGCACGUGCAAGGCUUUCUUAGAAGAUAUGAAAAAAUAUGCAGAAACUUUUUUGGAACCCUGGUUUAAAGCUCCAAAUAAAGGGACAUUUCAGAUUGUGUAUAAAGCUCGAAAUAACAGUCAUGUGAAUAGGGAAGAAGUUAUCAAAGAAUUGGCAGGAAUAGUAGGAAGCCUCAACUCGGAAAACAAAGUGGAUCUUACCAACCCGCAGUACACAGUGGUAGUGGAAAUCAUCAAAGCCGUCUGCUGCCUGAGUGUUGUGAAGGAUUACGUGUUGUUCAGGAAGUAUAACCUCCAGGAGGUGGCCAAGAGCACUCCGGACCCACGGCCGCCUGACCCCAAACAGGCAGCCCAAGGAAAUGGGGAAGAAGCUAAGUCGGAAGCUGGUGACAGAUCAAAUCAGAAUGACCCAGCAGAAGGAAAAAAUGACCAGCAGGUGCCAGAGAAUAGUGAGGAGCAGGGGCAGGCAAAACCUAUGUCUGAGACCCAGGUGGCAGACAAGGGAGAAGCUAAACCUGAACUUGCAAGUCAAGUCACAGAAGGAUCUGAGUCGAAUGAAAAGGACCUCUUAUAG